AUGACAAGCAGCGAUGACGGGGAGAAAUCCUCGGUCCCUUCAAGCGACGUCCCUGAGGUGACUAUUGUUGACUGGGAUGGCCCCAAGGACUCCGAGAAUCCAUUCAACUGGUCUACUCCUAGGAAAUGGCUCAUCACGAUCACCGCGCUCUUGACCACCUUCGUAGCCCUCAUGAACGGCACCAUCAUCACGGUAGCGCAUGAAGCCAUAAACACCGAAUUCAAUAUUAGCGAUGCCAACUUUCCCAAUUCCUACUGGCCUGUGGCUUCUUGGACCAUGGGUGGCGUCUUCUUUUCGCUGCUCAUCCUCCCUAUUAUGGAGGACUUUGGCAUUCGACGCUCCUUCCUCGUCACUCACUUCGUGUUGAUCAUCUUCAUCAUUCCUCAAGGCGUGGCUCAGAAUUUUGCCACCCUCAUCAUUGUCCGCUUCAUUGCUGGUGGCUGCGUGGCGGUACUUGGAAACAGCUCGGCCAGCAUCAUCGGCAAUCUUUUCGAAUCGGAGUUGGACCGCACCAAGCCCGUGGCUCUAUGGAUCGUGGCCUAUCUCGGUGGGAGUAGCGCCGGACCCGUGGUGGGUGCCGCGAUCUUCCAGUUUCUUUCAUGGCGAUGGCUAUCAUAUAUGCAACUGAUCUGGUGCGCGGCGUUAUGGCUUGUGAAUAUCGUGAUUCUGAAGGAAACCCGAGGGUCGGUCAUCCUGCAACGUCGGGCCCAGAGGUUGCGAGCGAAGGGGGAGAACGCAUACACUCAGCACGAACUCGAGGCGGAACCUUUCCGUCAGAUACUGCUCACCAGCAUUCGCCGGCCUUUCAAGAUGCUCUUCACGGAAUACGUUGUCUUCUUCGCCACUCUGUGGUCUGCCUUCACCGUUGGCACGCUGUAUCUGUUUACGCAGUCUGUUGAACAGGUGUUCGUGGGGCUGUACAACUGGACCCCGGUGCAGUCAGGAUACAUUCAGGCUGCAAUCGUGAUUGGAGAAGCUUGCGGCUGGACAUUUUCCUUGUUCUCUGCGCGGGUAUAUUUCAAUUCGGCCAAGCGGAAUAAAGAGAUCCCUGGGAUGCCCAUUCCCGAAUCUAGGCUCUACCUGUCUAUUGGCGGGGGUAUCUUUGGCAUCGCAGGUGGCAUGUUUGUGUAUGGAUGGACGUCGUACCCCUCGCUGCCAUGGAUUGCGCCCGCUGUGGGUCUCUGGAUGGUUGGGCUUGGCAGCGUGGUGGUCGUCAGUGGUAUUGCCGAUUACGUGGUCGACGCCUACAGCAAAUAUGCCGGCAGCGCCUGUGCCUGUUUCGUGGUGGGAGAGAACACGGUCGCGGCUUUUCUGCCUCUCGCCACCUCGAGCAUGUACAAUACGUUAGGGUUCCAGUGGGCCAGUACAUUGCUGGCAUUCAUCAGUCUCUUGUUGACACUGGCGCCGUUGUCUUUUAUUGUCUGGGGAAAGCGGAUUCGCGAACGAAGUCCGUUCAUGGCAGAAGCGAUGUUUGACAAGCGGGCCGAGAUGAUGAAUCACACGCCUAACCAUGAUGGACCGGCAAGGGAGAUCAGGGAGGCAUGA